AGUCACAAAACAGUUGGAUUACCAAAUUGAUCAAGUUUACUUCUGGACAGAUAGCAUGUCAGUUCUUCGUUAUAUAAAGAACACGAAAACUCGCUUUCACACAUUUGUCGCAAAUAGGCUUGCCAUUAUUCAUGCAGCAACUACAAUAAACCAGUGGCACUAUGUCACCUCGAAAUUAAAUCCAGCAGACUGUGCAUCAAGGGGAAUACCAGUAGUGAGUAGAUUUCUAGAUUCAGCAUCAUGGUUCAGCGGCCCUGAGUUUUUAUGGAAACCAGAUGUUUCAUGGCCAUCUACUGAAAUCGCUAGUGACUUGUUAGAAAUUGACAGUGCUGAAAUUAAGGAGAGUGUCAACACAGCAGUUGAGACAGAAACAGUGGAAGGAAUGGAAAGAUUACUCCAGCACUUCUCUUCAUGGAAGAAGCUGAAAACAGUGACUGGAUGGCUACUCUUAGCACGAGAAAACCUCAAAAUAAUAGCAGAGAGGAAAAGUGAACAGAGAUCAAGAAUGAUAUCAGAGGGAUUUACAGAAGAGAAAAUACAAGAAUUGGAAAUGAAGGAGAAGCAUGACAGAUUGAAAAAUGUUAAACAAACUGAAAGACCUUCAUUAAAUGCAGACAUUCUUGACAAAGCAGAAACAAACAUUUUGAAGUAUGUGCAGAUGAAGUAUUUUGCCCAAGAAUUUAAAGACUUGAAUUCAAGUGAAAAUGGAGUUGUAAAAAGGUCAUCAAAACUAGCCAAGUUAGACCCAAUUGUUCACAAUGGAGUUCUACGUGUAGGCGGUAGACUUAAGAAACUGGAUACAACUCUAAACAGUAAACAUCAAAUAAUUAUUCCUAAAGAGUCUGUAUUAGCCAGAUUGAUAGCAGAGGAAGCACAUAAAUCUGUCGGACACUUGGGGAAAAAUUCAACGCUGGCACGUAUCCGUGAGAAAUAUUGGAUUCUUGGUGUGUCAUCAAUUGUGAAGUCAAUCAUUUCCAGAUGUGUUAUAUGCAGAAAAUAUCAGGCACCUGCUUUGAAACAGAAAAUGGCGGACCUUCCCAGCGAGAGACUAAAAGCUGAUGAACCCCCCUUUACUCGAGUGGGCAUGGAUUAUUUUGGUCCGUUUGAGCUUAUAAGAGGAAGAAGCAUAGUAAAACGAUACGGUGUCAUAUUUACUUGCCUAUCUUCUCGAGCUGUACAUUUAGAGGUUGCCUUUUCCUUGGAUACAGACUCCUGUAUUGACGCCAUUCGAAGGCUUAUUGCACGACGAGGAAAACCAACUUAUAUACUGUCUGAUAAUGGAACAAAUCUGGUAGGAGCAGAACGUGAGCUAAGAACAGCGCUGAAUUCCUGGAAUAUGAACAGAAUUUCUAGUCAAUUAUUACAGUCAGGAAUUGAAUGGAGCUUUAAUCCACCAGCUGCGUCUCACUUCGGAGGAGUAUGGGAACGCCUCAUUAGGAUAGUCAGGAAAAUCAUGUAUUCUGUUCUGCAUGAACAAACGAUUCAUUUGGAUGAUGAGGGACUGUUAACCUUGUUUUGUGAAAUUGAAGCCAUCAUGAAUGGACGACCUCUUACAGAAGCUUCAAAUGACCCAAAUGACCUUUGUGCACUAACGCCAAAUCAUAUACUACUCAUGCGAUCAGGAGAGAGUUUUCCCCCUGGAAUUUUCCAUGCAUCGGACAACUACGCAAAACGUCGAUGGAAACAGAUACAGUAUUUGGCUGAUGUGUUUUGGACGCGUUGGAUCAAAGAAUAUGUACCCCUUCUCCAACAGAGACAGAAGUGGCUGAAGCAGGAAAGAAACUUACAAGAAGGUGAUUUAGUUCUCAUCGUGGAAAACACUCCAAGAAACACAUGGAAUCUCGGCAGAGUGUUAGAAGUGAUAAAGGACAAGUAUGAUGUUGUGCGCGUUGCAAGGAUAAAGACAGUGUCUUCCAUUCUCACGCGACCAGUCACAAAGCUUUGUCUUCUUUUGGAAACAGAUUGUGAAAAAGAGAAAACAAAUCAGUGAACCUCCGUGCAGUUAAACGUAAAGUGAUUGAACUCAUUUUAGAUGAUUGUUUUGUCCAUUUUUGAUUUAUUAAGAAAUAUGUUUUUGUAAAAACACAUUUAGGGGCCGGUGUAAUGGACAACCUGUAUAUUUUAUUUCGAAUUCCAAUUUAAUCCGUAACUUUCGAUUUCUGUAUAUUCCAAAUUUAUCCGAAUGAUACUUUACUAUGAUGUUUACCAAAAAUGCACGAGCGCCAUAUUCAGUGUAAAGUUGUGUUCUACAUGUUUUAACUGAAAGUUAUUGAAAGUACCAGACAUACAUCACGUCAAUCUAUGUCAGACACAUCGAAGGAUUUCUAUGUGAAUAUAAAUAAAGGACAUCGAAUUGAACCUGUACUGUCUUUGGUACU